AUGGGCAAGAGCAGAGCUGCUGCGUUUGCUAUGGGGGUUUACAGGACAUUGAUGAAGCAGUUCAAUGGUUAUGAAGCAUCGAUAUGGAUGCAAAGUCCGCAUGAAUCGUUGAAAACAAUCAUUGCCUCAGAGCUUUCUGGUCCUGCCUGGCUCGCAGCUCUAGUUAAUGAUGUUUUGCUUACUCUGCAUGCUUGCGUUAAGGCAAUUCCAGAUAUGGCUUGUUACUCUUCUCGAGAUUGCCAAGAAUAA